AUGUCUACUGGGGUUACUGAUGAAGAGCCCUUACAUUUAUCCGUGAUUGAAGAUUCAGAUGUGGAGAGUGACGAACUAAAAAUAAUAUACAUUCCAGAAGAAGAUGAACCUUCUUUACUAUGCACAUCAUUUCUGGAUGAACAUCAUGUUUCAUCUUAUUUGGAUACAUCUAACCGACAUCUAGGCAAUGUAAUUACCAGCAAUACCACUAGACACGAAAGCACAUCUUCAAUAGAAGUCGUUGACAGCCUAGGUAGUGGUAAUGUCUUAAAAUCGAAGUCAAAUACUUUUCCUCAUGAGAAUUAUUAUGAAAGGUCUUUUAGGAAGCGAUCUGCCAUCCAGAAAAUGCCUUAUAGUUUGGAUAGAAUUAAACAUCGUCAACUUAUGAACGGAUAUGAUGUUACAAAUUUUGAGGCCGCAGCUGAAAAUGUAGCUUUACCUGAUAAGCCAAUUAAUGCUAAUGAGCAAGAGCGUAUUAUAGAAGAUUUACCAUAUGAAAAUCCUGAUAGUAAUUCAUAUGAUGUACAUUAUCGACCGGAGGAAGAGGACUACGAUGAUUCCUAUUUUAACUAUUCUGAUGCAAACAAAAGCUUGGUAGAAAUGGACGCAGAAGAAGAGAACAAUGAUUUCCUUAAAAUUGCUUCACCAAUUUAUCAAAAAGUGGACGAAGACAAACUUCAGAACCAGUCUGAAACUUUACAAGAAAGAUAUUCCGAGACAGAUCUUCUUUAUCAACAGAAUAAUUUUCAUUCAAGCUCAGAUAUUGAGAAGAAUUCUCAGAAUGAAAUGGAUAAUUCGCAUAAAAGUAAUGAUGAUAAUGUAACUGAUGAAUUCAAAUUUAGAGGCAAGAUGCUCAAUGUAAAAACAGGGUUCAGAGGCGUAUUACCUAGAUUCAUGUGGGAAAAGAAUCUAAAGAAAUCAGUUUCCAGAAAGUCUUGUAAAAAUAAUGAGAUAAAUACAGAUAAGAAAUCAAGUAAUUCUGAUCGAAAAGGUAUUGCGCUACGUAAAAAAAGUAAGAAUACAAUUAGUAACAGAGUAGAUGAUAAGCAACUACUAGAUGACAUGAUCGCUCCAGAGGAUGAAACGAAUGCUAAAAAUUUCUAUACGGAUGAUACCAGAAUAAAUUCUAAGAGAAACUUAGAUGAAGAGACACUAGGAGAAUAUUUUAAUUCAAAAUAUCAAAACGAAUAUUCGUGGGACGAUCUUAUUUCAGUAGAAUAUAUUUCUGAUGAUAGUAUUGAGGAAAGUGUAAAAGCUAGCCCUAUAUUAUUAGAUGUUGAAAAGGGUACUACUAUGUUACCAAAGAUCAUAUCUUCCGAGGAAACUCUUGAGCAUGCUAAGAGAAUUAUUACUCCAACGAAAAAAACAAAUUGUAUACCACACGGAAAUAGCUCAUCUAAGCAGGCUAAUGAAUUGAUAAACUUAAAUAAAUAUCUAGGUGACGCUCAGGAAUAUAAUAAUAGUAGUGUUGAUUAUAUGCUUUCGGAAAGUCCCAGAACAUUGAGUAACUUUAAUGCAAAUACACCAGCGACUAAAUAUUCAACCACUAGUAUUCCCAAUAAACGUAAGAACAUAAAUUUCUCUAACAAAAAGACGGAAGGUAGAACUAGUGUAAAGCUUGUCACGUCCAAAAGGUCGGAAAGAAUAUUACGUAAACUAACUCAAAAAAAAUCUUACAAGCCUACACGACAACCAAUUCAUUCCAUCUCCCAAUUUCCAAAAGCUGAUGUAAUGGAAUCAUUAAAUAGCUACCAGAUACCAGGAUCUCUUAGUUCUACUACUACACACAUAUUUAAAAAAAGAAAAACAAAAAACAAGUCCAAGGAUAAAAACAGCUGGUUUGGGCUGUUUCCUAACUCUGAUAAUGAAAUAUCGCGGCAUGCUAAUACAUUUACGACUAUUGUAGAGUCUGUUAGCAAUACUUAUGCCCCAAUAAAUACGAAGCUUUCCAAUUUAGACAAUAAUGUCGCAAGUACGAUAUCUGAGAAACUUAUCAGCAAUGAAGAGCAUAGCCACUCCAUUUUAACGGCAAUUCAGCCCAGACAAAAUUUUAAACCACCAGAUAUUAUUACAGUUAAAUUACCAAGCUUUGAAUGCAAACUAUCUCGUUUCGAUAUAGUAAAUAUUCCUAAGGAACUUAAGUUCUUGUUUGAUCAAAUUAUUGAUCGAGAAGUUCCAGAUCUAGAAUUACUUAAAUUAAAUAAGCAACUUGUAAACUUCAUUUACCAACUAGACAUCCCACAACUAUUUGAUAUCAUUGAGUCAUUCCAUAAAUCAUAUCGAUCAAAGGUUAGCCAACUUAAGGAAAAAGCAAAAGCAAUCCACUUUUAUCAAAUUGCUAUUUGUCAAGUGUUAUUGCUUGAAAUAUCAAGAUUUUCGAAUACUUCUAAUAAACUGCGAGCAGAAAUAUACUUGAAAAUUUUAGACCACAUAGUCUCAUUUUUCAACCUUCUCAAUCAAUGUAUUAGAUUCCUAAGUAGCUCGAAUACCAAGCUUUUAACGGAAUCAUAUUCUAUAUUACAAGAUAUUAUUCAAACGACUGAUAUGUCCCGACAAUUUUGGAAACGUCUCCAAGAUUUACAAUUUGAACCAAAUAUUGCAAUUAUCAUAGUUAACUUAUUUCCGUCCGCAGAUCCUAAAUGGAGUAUAUUAAAGAUUUUAUCUAAAUAUGAUGUUUUAAUUAACGCAUUUCAAUUUAUUCAAGUGGUUCAACUUAAAUUCGAUUGGAAAAUAUCUACAGAGAUAAUUAUCUCAUUGGAUAAAAUCUUUAAAAAGAGAAGGUAUGAAAAUUUUGAAGAGGAAAAAAUAUAUUUAGAUAGUAAUUACGUUUUAGAAUCUCCAACUGCUAUUCUGUUUGAUCAAUUGUUAUUUAAUAGAUAUUUAGAAUUGUUACGGCAUGUAAAAUUAUCUGACAUAAUGAUUGAAAGAUUGGUCCCAAUGAGUAAAAUAAAAAAUUCUGAUACUUUACCUAUUUUGAAGAAUAGAAUUAACCUUCUUAUAAUAUUGGCAGGUUUAUCAAAUUUAAAUUUAGAAAGAAGGUUCAAAGAACAAAUGUCUCCUCUUAUUUCAGAAUCAUAUUUAAAUACUUUAACUGAUUCAUUAUCGUCCUGUAUACUUGAUUGCAUUUUAAAGGGAGUUUUAGCUAUUACGGAGAAUAACAUGGCCAAACAACUUUCAUGCGAUAAUAAAUUACUUCUGCAACUCUUUCAAACCGCAAAAUUUCAUACAUUAUCAGCCAAACCUCUGUGGAAAGAAUUUUAUGGGAAGCUGGCAUUAACAUUAAAUUCUGUUUCGAAAUCUAUUCCUAUAUACUUAAGACACUUCUUUCCUUAUCUACAACUAAUGAUUGAGAACGAUUCAUAUCUAGAAAGUGUUGUUGUAAUCUCUAAGCUUUAUGUGCGCAACAUGACCAAUUUAGGCCCAUCUUGGGUUUUGAAUCAUAUAUUUAAAUUGAUCACAAGCAAUGUUUCAAAGUCUAAAUCUUUUAUAAAUGAUUAUUGUACCAUUGGAAAUUUUAUUGGUAAAUCGGGUGAGAUAUCCUGGUGGUCUUUGUUCACGUUUAAUGGUUUAGAAGAAGGUAGUUCUGAUAAAAUUUAUUUCUUCACUAAAUUACUUGAAAUUGCAGACAAUCAAUCAUUCGAUUUAAUUAAAGAACAUUUACUACGAGUAACAGUAGAUAAUAUUAUAAAAAAAGAUGAUGUAUGGUUCAAAUCAUUUGUAAUUAAGUUGUUAAGCCGAUGUAAACACACAUCAUUGAAUAAGUAUAAUGUUCUAGAAUCGUAUGACAUAUUUUCCUUACUGCGCUCGCUGUUUUCUAUAUUAGCAACUUUCAAAUACUAUGAAUUAGGUAAUCAAUUAAUUUCCAAUUUACUAACAUAUUAUGAAUUACAACUGGUUACAAAAUCUUUUGCUACCUCUAUUAUCAAUUUCCUAAAUGUUAAAUAUAUCGAUUUUAUCAAGUCAUCCCAUGCGUUCUCAACAUUUAAAGUAGAGCUUGGCAUCUCAAAUAUUGAAACUGAGAAGAGUGAAUUUCGUGAUAGUUUUAUUUCAUGUAUUGAUGUCAAUAAAAAAAUCGAAUUCAUUGAAACAGGGCUUAUUCAUUCCUGUUUAAGCAGUGAGAACUUUCAAAUUUUUUCUGGUAAAUUUCAAGCCUUAUUUAAUUCUGAAAAUUCUGUAAGAACCUUCAAAUUUUUACCUGUGCUUUUUAAUGCACAUUUAUCAGUCACAUCAGAUACGCUUCUUAAAUUUAAAGUUACUAUGAUGACGUUUAUAUUAAAUAAUGUGAACCAAGUAAUCCAGAAAAGAUAUGGUCAAAUAUCUGAGCAGGAAUUUCCAGGACUUCAUGAACUUUUUAAACUUCAACCUUCUGUCUGGAAAUUAUUUGAUGGUAGCAUACUACUUGAUGUUGGAUUUUACCGUGAAUAUACUGAGUUUGAAAGCUCAGUGCUGGAAAUAUCUCAGGGGUUUACAGAAUAUUUUGAGUUAAAAGCUAUUUCAACUGCAAUAGAAAAUGUUCAUAAAGAAGAUAUCUGUACGGGAAAUGGUAGAGCUGAAUUUACUAUUCAAAACAGUUCAUCCUGUACACUGGUUGAUGAUAUCUUACAAAAGACACUUUCUUUAUUUAUAGAUCCUUCAUUUCUUAGUCCGACGGUUGCUUUUAAGCAACAAUUAAACGCAGAUACAGAGGAUAUUAUAUAUAUAUCUUAA